AUGCCGCACGGCACUCAGGGCGCUGGAGGGGCCUCCUGGGGCAGCAGCUCCCUCUCGUGCCGCACUGCGGCUCUCCUUGCAGCAGCGCGUCAUGGUCCCUUCGCACUGCAGGCGAAGAAGGCGGUGAAGACCCUGGAGGCUCCCAGUGCUCAUGUGCGGUGCAGUGGUCUACACAAACUCAAAUCACUGCUGCUGCAAUUCACCCAUCUUCACAAAGAGCGCCAGGUCGCCCUAGAGCUGCUACUGCUCGCUCUCGAGCACGGGACCCUCUCGGUGGCUGAAUCUGAGGGAGAGAAUGCUGCCGCUAUGGCUGUCGCUUUCAAUAGGGAGCACCAAUUACCCUGUGCGGCAUUUCUCCAGCCACCUGCAGCAGCAGCCGCUGUUCAGCCCGCUGCUGCUGCAGCGGCUGCCGCGGCAGAGGAGCAGCUACGGAGUGCCUGCCGCAGUGAGGCUCUUAUCUGCCUCACAGAUCUUAUUGCUGAUGGGGCCAUAGGACCUCAGCAGUUGAUUGAUUUACUGCAUGCGAGGCUUGCUGCUGCAGAGACCAACCGAACGGCGCUUACUAUCAGUAACAGGAACAACGGAGACAGAAACAAAGCCAGCAGAGAGGAACUGCUACCACCGCAAAUGCAGCUUUUGCUUGUGCAGCGAUUCCUAAAGCUGGCGCUUCAAGAUAAGCUGGUGCCUGCAUCGCACCAGCAAUACCAGCAGCAACUACUGGUGCGAUUACAGCAAGCAGCAGCCGUUCUCCGUGAUACACUCAUCCGGAUAAGCCACUUCUGUCCUCGUGUGUGCCUCGCCGCUGUGGAGGCUGUGUCUUGCGUCCUGGAAGAAGCAGCAGAAAGAAGUAGCGGCAACGGCGAUGAGAGCAGCAGCAACAGUGGCAGGACGCUGCAAAGCGUCCCUUUUAUGACGUUCACAACUCUGCUCGAGCCAACUUUACUGACAUCCCUGCAGCUGCUCCUCAGCUGCAGCAGCAGCAGCCUCACAACUUGCUCCCUGCUUCCCCUUGCAGUUAAUCGUCUUCUGCGCUGUGUAGAGGUUGUGGGGAAAGCAGAGAUGCAGGAGGCUGCAAAACAGCAGCAUGCACAGCAGCAGCAGCACCAGCCCGGACAACAGAACCAGAGCAUGGUGAGCGACAGACUGCUGCACCUGAGCUUGUCUGCACUGACGAGAGUGAGAGACACUGAGGAGUUUUCCUGUUGUGUAUCUGCUGCCUUGAGGAGCGCUGAGAUGUCUUCUACAAUGAUUGCUGCAUUCCAGAGUGAGACCAAGGUCAGUGGCACCGGGGAGUGGUUGAUGCUGCAGCAGCAGCAGCAGGCACGUGCAGAUCGCCUGCUGUGGGAGUGUGUUUGCGGUCUCUACACGGCUCGAGAGCAGCUGCAAAACGUGACGGCCCUGCUGCGGCAGCUGCUGCGCUGCCUCAACCUCUUCUCUCCCUUAAGGACUCCGAUCUCUGCGGCUGCUGCGUUUUCUUCGGGCGGCAGCAGCGGUGACAGCAACAGCAGCAACUACAGUAGAACCUGCCUUUCAUUGGGACUCUGGCGAGUCACCUGUGCGUUGGUUGGCUGGCUGCUGUGGAGCACCGCAGCAAACGAAGCAAACUCGGGAGAGCUCUCUUUGCUGCUGCAGGCCACUCACCGUAUGUUGCAGCUGCAACCGCAGUUCGUACGUGCACCUGACGAUAGCAGCGAGAGCUGCAUCGCUAGAAGGACCAGUGAAUGCUGCGCGUCUUGCCUCUGCACUGCAGAGGCCUUACGAUGCAUCUGCUGCUUCUCACCACUCGUACAGCUGCUGGUGCCACUGGUUACACAGCAGCAACUCGGUGGUGGAGCUGGAGGGGCUCUCCUCAGACAACAGCUGACCGACGCCCUGCAACAGACCUGCACCCGGCUACGUGCGCUGCUGUCUUGCGCAGCAGCAGCCGCUGCUGCAGAUGCAGUCGCUGCUACAGGAACGCCUGCGGGUGAAGAAGAGCACUGCAGUUGCAGUAGGGCCUGUGGGCUGUCAUUCGAUGUGACGGAGCUUUUUGGCCUAGCAGGCGCAGUGCCGCUAUCCAGUGAUGCAGCGGCUGCUAUGCCUCUCUCACUUGCGCUGUGGUCUUUUCGCGUUCUCGACAGGGGCGCAGCAGAGCAGCUGCUGGGCGCAGAAGUCUUUGCUGCAGCAACUCGGCCGCACCUGAAGAACAAGCUGCAGCUUGAGGUGGCUCAAGCUGCUGCUGGCAGUCAAGCUGGAGCAACAGCCGGCCAGCGGCAGUUGCUGCUGCACAUGAUGCUUGACAGGGAUUACAGCGAAGACAUCCACAGCACACCAUUUCUACUAUCUUUACCAAGUGCUUUGCUGCAGCAAGGGCCCUACACCUACGUGCUCGCUUGCUGCUUUCUCGCAGAGUCCUUGGCGGACCGACAGCAGGCUUUCGCCGCAAUCGGGGCACUAGUGGCUGCAGCACCUGCAGCUGCUCUGCAGCUUCUGCCUGCACUGCACUUUGCUGCGUUGAGACUGCCCACAUCCCCUAUAGUGCGGACCCUGCUACGAUGGAAAAUUCAGGGGAAACAUUGGCCUCGGGAGCAGCAGCCGCGACCAAGCCCGCUACUGCCAGACGAAUUCAUCCUUUUUGAUGGACAUGCAGAAUUUGCUGCCGAGGCUCUGGCGGCUGCUGGUUCAGCCCUGUUAGCUCCCAGCGCGGCUGAGCUGCCGUCUGUAACAGCCGAACGGCGCCAGCUACUGCAAAGCCUCAGCAAAACGUUUGCUCUGUCUCUACAGGCGCUUGCCUCUCUCGGUCUCCACAAAACGGCAGUCCUUCCGGUUUACAGAGCACUAUUUGACUUGCUGCCCGUACAGAAGCAACAGGGGCAGAAGAUCCACAAAGGAACGAUGCAGGGACAGCGACCGCUGAGUUCUGAUCAGUGGCUGUGCAAAUCCACGAACAUUUUGGGGCCUUCAGGCAAGCAUGACAAAAUUUGCUGCUUUAGUAGCCGACAGGCUCUAAAUAAUGCAGCAGCUGUGGUCCCGUGCAUCCGCUGCUGCUGCUGUAGCUUGUGUUGCUGGUGUAGCACUGAUCCCCUGGGGGAGUUGGCGAGCUGCAUGGAAGUAGUCCCGUCUCACCGUUUGCUGUCAACAAAUGGAAUGUGGUUUCUCUUGAUGCGGAGCCUUUCGCGUCUUGCGGCCUUCGACGAACUGCCGUAUUCGAAGCUCACUGCUGCAGCGCCUGCAGCAGAAGCGGAGCAGAGCCAGGGAGACACCAGAGAGCACCAGCAGCCGGUGGUGUCCCCGGGUAAAGCAGGUGGAGAAGCAGUUGUAGUGCACGAUACAGACGCUGCAGUCUCCGUGCCUUUUAUCCUACCUCAGGAUGCCACACCGCUGCAGCAACUGCUACUGGCGUUUUGUCUGCAGCAGCUGGAAGCCGUAUGCCCGCGGGCGUUGCUGCAAUUUCUCCCUGCAAUGGAACAGCUGGUUGCCUCUUAUGGAGUUUGCCCUUCGCAGCUACAGCAGCGGGGCGCGUCUCAGCAGCAGCAGCAGUGGCUGCUCGGCCGGGCGUGCGGCGUGACUCUAUGCACCUUAGGUCGCCUUUGCAUGCGGCGCUUCCUUGAAACCCCGAAAAUCAUGCGAGUCCUUCGGCGAAAGUGCCAAUUUCUAUUUAACACUCUACAAGCUCCCCGCGCAGCACUUGAAGGCUUCGUGCUGGUUUUAUUUGCCCUUUCCCAGGACCUUGCUGAACAGAUAGAGCAGCACCAGCAGCAUGAGGAUGAACGGGUGCAUCAACUGCAGCAACACAAACCGACAGAAAGUGGGCUGCCCCAAGAGCUUGAAAGCCAAUUGCAGCAGCAGCUGCUCUUGUUGGAAGAAGUGGCCGAGGCAGGCUCUCCAUUUGCGCGGUCUGUGGCAUUACAGGCGGCAUCUCUCAUAUUGGGGCCUCUUUACGUUGCAUCUGCCGAAGCAGCUUCAGGCGGAAUCCUUAGGACGCCCGCGGGCGAAGGAGCGUCAGUGCGGUUUGCCUGUAGCGAAGGCUUAGGGGGGGUCGUGCUACAUCUGCCGCUGCGUCAGCUGGAAAUACGUGGCGCUGCUUCUCUCCUGGCUGCUGCAAUGAGCAAAGAACGCAUUGCUCGGGGGGGUGUGGGGAACCAGACACCGGGAGAACUUCUAAGGCAGCAGCAGCAGCACAAACUGGGGACCCUGUUGUCGCGACGUGCUUCUGUUGAUGCAUCUGACACUUCAGGAUAUGCUCACAGCGAGCGUGCUCUCCUGCGGCUCCUACUGUUUUCCAGUCCAAGACCUUCAGGAGGCUCGGGUUGCAAGACAAGUGAAGGAAGAGAUCUGAAAGAGCUGAGGGCUUACACACAUUUCGAAAUCAGGGACAUCGCAAGGCACCUCAUGACGACGGAACCGUUGUUGUUGUGUUUGCUUCCUCGUGUUUGCGAAUUUUUCGUCCAGAGGUUCGCGGCGAUGCUGCCCGCUGCUCUUGCGGCUGAUGGGGAGCUGCUGCAGCUGGGGCAUCACUUGCUGCAGGAGUUGGAGCUGCUGCUGCCACGAGCAGCGGUUGAAGAGCAGCAGGCUAUGGACUCUAGAGUCACGCAACCUAAGGGCACCCCUGCAGCGGGCCCGCUCUGCACCAAUCAUUGUGCAGGGUUCGGCCUGAGGCUCUCAGAAUUUUCCGUGCUUGCUUCCCUCCUUAGUGCCCUCACAGCCCAGCAGCCCGCUCUUAUUCCCGCAAUUUUCAGCUUUUUCUCCCAGCGGCUCAACUCCUCUGCUGCUGCACCGCCGCCACCCUGGCUCUCCAGCUGUUUGCUCCUUGCUUUAGCACCCGUCCACGCAACCUCAGCAGAUGUAUCCGAGCUGUGGACGGAGUUUCCAGAGGGGGAGGACGGAGCUGAGGUAUUUUCCACUUUGUUGCAGGGUUUUCGCGGUCAGACUGGCGCUCAACCAAGCGCCACUGAAAUUCAGCAGUGCCUUUGCGGGACUGGAACAGAGGCUGGCAACGAUUUGCGUUGUGCUGCUCGAUGCAUCUUCUUGGCGGCCCAUGCACAGCUACAUUCGGGGGACCCUGUACUUCUGGGCUCUUGUUUAAGGGCUCUCAUGGCUGCAUUGGGUAUCUUUACAGAGCUGUCAUCGAGCUGCGAAUCAGCAACACCAGCUUCUUCAGCAGACGGCAAGUAUGUUGGUGUGACGGCAGCGCUGGCUGUUGCAAUAGCGGAAGUCUCUCGGGUCACUCACCUGCAGACUCCAGACCCGACAUAUUUCUACGCGCAAUUGCUUGAGCUUUACAAGGUCUUAGAGAGGGUAGCCCUUUCAUGUGCAGGGCCCCAAAGCUCGCAGUGGAACGCCCUGCUUGCCCUAGGGAGCUUGCUACCAAUCGUUGUAGAGGCCGGAGUUUUGCCUCUAGAUGAAGCCCUGUACUUUAUGCAGAGGCUUGAGGAGUUUCUGGGGCAAGCGCUGCCGGACCCUUCAACUCUGGCGUUUGCUGGUCUGGCUCACUUGACCCAAUCCUUGCUUCCACUAUUGCUGCUGCUGCAGCGGCCACGGCGGAAACGAUCAGGACGCAUUCAGCAGCAGGUUACAGAGCUGCAGCGCUUACUCUUGCAUUUCGAAGAUGUUGUGCUGCGGGCACUGGCAACACCAGCAGUGGGGGCUGUCUCCCAGCUCUCCAGGGCCUUUACUGCCGCAGCCCUUAUAGGCGCCCCAUUUGUGUUGCAGCCGCCUACUCAUGCUGCAGCAGCACAGAGAAGUGCUGGAGCAUCGAGCCUUACUUGGCCUUCCUUUGCGUUGUGCGGCCCGGACAUGUCACAGGGCAACACCACCAAUCAGCAUCCUCAGGAGUGGCAGCAGCAAAUGCGCCACCAGCAGGGGAAACAGCAGGAUGCGUUCGGUGCUGCGUUGGAUCGUCUGAUCAAUUGGCUCUCUGGAAAUUCUGCGAACGCUUCUGUUGUCUCAUUCGGAAACACUCACGCAUCACAGCCAGCAAGAGGGCAGAAGAACAGAUUUCCCGACUUAGCGGGGAGUAUGGUGCUGAGUCUGCUAUACAUGCAGCUCACGAGCCACACAGCAGAGGGCUCCUUGGCUAGCUUACCUGAGAAGAGCUUGACACGUCUAGCUCUUCAACACUUGUUGCAGAUACGGGAGGGGCAGGAGCUCUUGUUCCCUGAGGGGAUUUCCUCUAGUGGAGCGUGCUUGCCAGACACUGUUGGCGGCACUCCUGCACCGAAGAGCGCUGCUGCAAAUGUGGAGUUCUCAGCUUUCCAGGAACUUUCUGAACUUCAGAGACACGAAGAGGCAGCAGCGAAUGAUGUUGGAGAGGCUUUCGGCUGGAUUGGUCUGCUCGGAAGCAGGGGAUGCCAAAGGGAAGCUAGCGGGGCUAGUGGGCUGCCCGUGCCUCACUGUACAUGCUUGCUAGAGGCUCUGUCGUAUCGUGGAAUUCCAGCCUUUUCGGAACUACAGCUGAGUAGAAGGCUAGCUCUGCUUUUUUCCCGCUCGUUGGAAGCCACCGUUGCCUCUCUUUCCGAGCUAGCUGCCUCUAAGGGUGGCGGUUUGCGGCAGCAACAGACAGCUGGUGCUAGCCCUGAUAAUGCAAAGACGGAGUCGCACUCCAGAUUUCAUCAACUGCUGCGGCAGCUGCAGUCGUGCUCUUCUCUUCAACUGGGUGUCCUGAGGUUUUGCUGCAGACACUGCGACCGUCUACCCCAGCUCGCUGCCCUGUUUAUACGAUUCGCCUAUGCAGGCUUCGGCGUCGCAGCUGCUUCUGCACAGUGUCAGCAGCAGCAGCAGCACUGCCACAGCCAACGCCGAUUCACCUCUGCUAUGACGUGCUACUUCUUUGCGCUGUUGCCAGCUGCGGCUGGGUCACUGAGCCCCAGGGAUGUUACAUCGUUGGUAGGAUCUGUCCUGCUUCGGGGGCUAAUGCCGCCCUCGCGGGAGCCUUUUCUAUGGUGCAGCGCCCUGAAUGCUCUUCGCCGGAUUUUCCAGAGCGCUCGCCGGAGCGUGUGCUGCAGUGGUAGAGAAACGCAGCAGCGCAAGCGGUGGGAGCUGCAGCAGCAGCAACGACAGCAGAAGCGAAGGCGUUUUUCUCUUGUUGAAAGCGAGACCCCCUUGUACGUAUUUCCGUCUGUUUCGUAUAAGCUGUGUUUCUUUAGAGAGCUCCAGCAGCUCAUGCUACUGUGGGUCAUACCGCUCUUAACUAAUACAGCUGUCAUGAAUUCUAGCCAGCGGCCAGCAGCUUCAUCUGCAGCAACGCCACAAAGAUACUAUGCAGAAGGGCUGGCCGAGUCACAGUCAGCAACACUGGUUGCAGCAGCUGCAGCAGCCCGAGCUGUUCCAUUCGCUGUUUGGGGUACCGCAGCAGAAGCUCUUGUUGCAUUUUUGGAGCUUCGCAAGGAUUGCCAACUAGUGCAAGAUUCACUUAACGGAGAAGAUGUUGCCUCCCUGCCAACAGCUGAGUUGCGUAGUCGGCGUCGUCAGCAUUUCGAGCUUCAGAAGGAAGAAGAAUUCAGGCAGUUAAGGAGGCAAUUGUGUCUUCUUCCUGCACAUGUCGUGGUGCAUCUGGUGAUUUCCGGCGCUGCACCCUUGGAAAUUCUCCAUGAAAAACGCAAAAUGUUGCUGAAUGAGGGCGACAAAUUCGGCGAAAACAGGUUUGUCCUUCCCGUAGAACAAGAUAAUGCAGCAGGUGCCGGAGUGCCACCUUGCAGACAACUUCCAGGAGCGGAAAAGGCAAACAUUAAACCUGUCAAAGGUGAAGACCAUCUGGCAGCUGAGGUGGCGGCUUUCUCCCACGCUUGCUCUUGGCUGCCGAUAAAAGACCAACUCGAAUUCCUGGAGGCGUUUGCCUGCAGCAGCAGCAGCAGUAAGGCUUCCGACGGCGUCACAGUGUCUGCGGUGCGCUGUUUUCUUGGCUUAGUGACCCUUGCUGCGCACAUGGUGGCCCCACACUCUGCUGCAUUCGUUCUCCCAAACGUUACAGGCGCGGAAAAGUUUUUGACUGCAGGCCGUGGAUUCCGCGGCAGUGGUCAUGUUGCACACUGCCCCGUGGGAGUUGCCGCUCAGUCCGACUGCGCGUAUGUUUUGCUGCGGAAUUCUGGAGUAUCCGAGCUUUCACUUUGUGGGGAAUUCGCUGCCUUCCCAUCUGCCUGCUAUGACGUGGCGGAACGCGAGGAUUCUCUCUUUACGCCAGUGGCAGAAACAGGGUUUAUGUACACGUCACAGCAUGGCAUCAAGCAUCUUCUGUUACUCCACCACCUAUGGCUGUGCUCCACUGCUCGCGGAACUGCAAGUCAACAGUGUUGUUGCUGCUCCUUGUCAUGCUUCUCGGGAAAAAGGCAGCUGCCUCAGCUUGUGGCAGGUGCUGCAGGUGGCAUGACCUCAGCGGCAAGCCAGUGUCUAGAGCCGCUACUGCUGAUCCCUGCUGCUUUUUCAGGAGCUCGAGGGUUUUAUUGUCUGAAUUUCGCUCCAAACUUAUAUUACCUCUCCUCACUAAUUUCUCAGCCUUUUCAACAGAGCAGUGGUCUGCUCACUCCAGGAAAGCCUCCCAGUGCUCAUACGGAGUCCGGAACUGCUGGCCAGUGCAAGGUCGAUGCCUCUGCUCUAUGUAGCGAGCUUGCGGCUCAGUGCGACACGACAGAGCUUUGGCAGAAGAAGGCCAUGUAUGGAGAGGAGUGCCACGAAGAAAUUCUCCUGGAGCGCCGGGAUGCCGUUCUAGUGCAAGCACACUUCCCAUCAUCCUUGAUGGUGCAGAUAACGAGUUUUUCCAACGGUAUUCAAGGGCAAGUACGAACACAGAGCGACAGCGAAGCCACGGCUGAAAAGCUGCUGGCCGCUGCAGAAGCACUGGCUCCCACUGUUGUACGCCUUUUGUAUGAAGAAGCGCGAAGACGUGGAAGAAUUCCCCUUGCAGACAGCUCACAGACGAUUGACAGCGGAAAUUCGACGAACUCUGUGGCAGAGCGGAUUCGCCUUCUUGCUAUCAGACUCCAACGGUUACUUGGAGAAAUACAAUCAGCUGGAGGAACACGAGUGUGCACCUCACACUGA